AUGUUAGCAGCCGCAGGGUCCUCCGGGUCUGGCCGUAGUCCGGCUAUCCCGUCUCAUGCUACCGAUGCCUCCGUUUCGCCGGCGGCGUCGGUGUUCCAGCCCAUGCAGGCCGUCGAUGAGAUAUUCGACUAUGCCAACUUCUUGUGGGAUGCUGGCGAUGCCUGGCAGCAGGUCAACCCAGAACCUGGUCAGCAGAUGAGCCUUGAUGGGCAAGUUCUCAGGAACCAGUUCUCGGGCCAGCCUCUUGGAAGCCGGCAACCGCCGCUCAUGAGUAGCCCGCCGAAUCUCACCUUUCCAGAUCGGACUGCUAUGGAUGAGCUGCCAGACCCAUCACCAAUCCCUGAUGCUAGUAGUCAGUCAGAGCAGGCCAUGGCAUUACAUACGCAGAAGAAGUGGCUGGCCGUUCGACAGGUUGUCGUCGACAUGGCAGGUGCGUCGCAAAUGGUCAAGUGGUCGGUACUCGCCUUCUCAAACCUGAUGCUAUCACGUCGCGAAGGCUCCUGGCUAGCCAGUCCGGAGGAUCAUUAUCAAAAAGCCGUGUCGGAAGUGGCUACCUGUGGCGAUGAGUCGUCGCCCGCGACCGACAAUCCGAGCUCACGCAGGGAGCACCUCCUCGCGACGCUCUUCUUCCUCAGUUAUGUCGACAUCCUCCGAGGUCAGAUCAAGGCUGCAGACUCGUUCCUUAAGCGGGCCUACGGGCUGUUCCAGCAAGGCGAGAAGAGCAGUUUUGCUCCUAUCGAGAAGCAAUUCCUGCAUUUCGAUGGAGGAGGCGCAGACUCAACCAGGGAGGACUUUGGAGAUGGUGACAUUGAGGAUGUCCUAUUCCAAGUUCUUUACCACCCCGGUAUUGUCUUCUUCCAAAAGGUUCAGAGCUUCAUGGGUCGAAUAUCGAAGAUCGACCCUUGGCAUAGGUCACGUGGCACCGUCGAGGACGAGACGGAGAUCCGACGCCUAGCCCGACUACUGGUUGAUUCACUGGAUGCAGAUAACUCGUUGCCGGUCAACAUGCUUUGGCCUUUACUGAUGCUGGGGUCGGAAGAGCAGGACCCCCAGGAGAGGAUAUGGAUAAAGACCCAGAUCCUGCGCAUGGAGAGCGUUGCCGGCAAUGCGAAGAUCACUGCCCAAGUUCUAGAAGAGGUGCAGGCUAGGCAGGAUGCUGAGAAGGUCCGGGUUGACAUCCGAUCAGUCAUGCACGCAAUCUUCAACUCAUGUUUUGCUAUUGUCUGA